UUAUCGUAGAACCCGCAAAGCAAAUCCAGGCAAUCAAACUCUUUAUAAUCCGGUAUCGUUCACUCCUGAGAGCCUUCGGCGGGCACAGGAGAGAGGUCACGAAAUUUCACCAUGGAGAAAGCCAUUGACCUCCAGACCUUCGACGAUGACAUCCUUCGUCAGAGGGGCAAGAGCUCCGUAUCAGACGCGAAAGGCGCCAGUGAUUUCGACCGCGACAGGUAUGAGCUGGCGCGCGUGGGAAAAAAGCAGGUUCUAAAGCGCCGCUUCGGACUGGUCAGCAUGACGGGGCUUUCUUGCGGUUUGAUGUGCACCUGGGAGAGCCUAUUAGUCGUGUUUGCGAUCGGCUUCCAAAAUGGCGGACCUGCGGGCCUGAUAUAUGGCUUCUUGCUCAUAUGGCUGGGCAACCUCUCAGUCUUCAUUGUUAUUGGAGAGCUUUCUAGUGCAAUCCCCACGGCCGGCGGACAGUACCAUUGGGUAUCGCUACUUGCGCCUCGCUCAAGUAGGAGAUUUUUUAGUUACAUCACCGGCUGGCUUACCGUGAUUGGCUGGAUUGCCGCGCUGACAGCUGUCUGCUUUUUCGUUGCGGACCUCACUUUGAACCUAGUAACUCUCAACAACCACGAAUACACAAGGGAGCUAUGGCACGGCACCUUUCUCCUAUGGGCCACGCUUCUACUCUGUGUAUUCAUCAACAUCUUCGUCAGCGCUGCGCUUCCGGCAAUCGAGGUCAUAGUCCUCAUCAUCCACAUACUGGGCUUCUUCGGAAUCCUAAUUCCUUUGGUUUACUUGACUCCUUCGCACCAUUCCGCCAAAGAGAUAUUCACGUCUUUCUAUAAUGAAGGGGGCUGGAAUAGCAAGGCUUUGGCUUUCUUCAUUGGCCUCCAAGGCAACGCUCUGGCCUUUGUAGGGACGGAUUCUACAGUGCACAUGUCCGAGGAAGUCAGGAACGCCAGUAUCGAUGUCGCCCGUUCCAUGAUUCUCAGUUUAGGAAUCAAUGGCUGUCUCGCGUUGGGAAUGCUCUUCGCGGUACUCUUCAGUGCUCCGGAUAUCCUUCAACUCCUAUAUGACGAAAGCCCCGUUCCAGCUUUUAUGAGGAUAUUCACGUACGCCACUGGCUCCGGUGCCGGCGCGACGAUCAUGACGAGUAUCAUCGUCGCUCUCGAGUUUUGCAGCGCAAUGGGUUGCUUAGCUGCUGCCUCACGGAUGACGUGGUCGUUUGCGCGAGAUCGAGGACUCCCUUUUGCACGAGCGCUGAGCAUGAUUGACAAGCGCACCACGAUCCCCGUAGUCUCCAUCCUGGCAGUCACCUUCUUCUCCGCCCUGCUUGCGCUCAUCAAUAUCGGAAACAACGUGGCAUUUAACGGCACCAUAUCCCUCGUGCUUGAAGGUUUCUACAUUUCCUACCUUCUGGCAAUCGGUUUACUCCUCUGGAGACGAAUCCGCGGGGACAUGGACGACCCGGGCUCUUCGUUAACGGCGUUCAACUCAUCAGCGAACCACGACGAAUCCUACGAUCGCAGUCUGACCUGGGGCCCAUGGCGGCUAAAAGGCGCCUUGGGAAUUGCGAACAACGUCAUCGCGUGCUGCUACCUUCUCCUGCUCAUAUUCUUCAGCUUCUGGCCCAACCAGUUCCGCAUAGCGGACCCAGCUCAGAUGAACUGGGCUGUCGUUGUAACAGCUUUCGUCGCACUAUUCAGUAUCGCCUACUACUUAAUCUGGGCCAAGAAGUCGUAUACAGGGCCCGUGGUCGAGGUAGAUCCUCACAAUCUGUGAAGAGAUGGAUGAGAGUGUUCAGAAAAGAGAGUGGUUAGGGGACGCAUUUCCUCGUUGCAUACGUUCGCUCACGUCGACACGGCCACAUUGCAUCAUUGGGGCUUGGGAAUGAGGGUGGGACUUUGCUUUCGUGGUAACGCAUAGAGUGGAGCAUUCGUUACGUAGGCAUGAAUUACGACCUGGUCAUGAUCGAGCCUGGGG